GACCUUUGAACGCGCAUAAGUUAAAGAGGUCAUCUCUUGUUCUGUAAAGUUGUCGACUUUAGUUCAUUUUCUGCAUACGAAUAUAUGCCAUAGCAUAUACUCACACAGAUGGAUCAAGUUCAUGAGCCACUUUUAAAACAGUGUAUUGCUUCGCUUACUUUGAAUAACAAUAUACUUAAACAGAACCCUUGUGAUAAUUUUUGCUUGCUAAAGAAUGAUGCAAGCUCUAACCAACAAGCAGCCAAAACUGUGUCCCUAGUGCUAACACGUCUUACUAAUUCAGUCAGCACAUACGUUCAUGUUCUUCGCUGUAAUUUUUGCGAUUACUUGACUCUGAAUCCUACCUCACUGAAGGAACAUUUUCGUUUACGACAUCCAACUUCUUUGGGAUUUCUCACCUAUACUUGUUCCCAAUGUUCAAGCAUGUCAACGGAACGGUCCCUGAUGGAGGAGCACUUGAGAAUAUAUCAUAAAAUAACCGAAAACCCAGCUGCGAAACUUAUUGAAAGGUUUCAUACCCCAACAACAACAUCUGAUGCGCUCGGUUUUAAUUGUAUCUCACCCUCUACUAUGUCUGGAAGCAUGCUUCCUCUCAGUUUGACAAAUUCCAAUGCAGCUAUUGCACAAAAUAGCCUUGCUCUAAAUCUCGUUAAUGCAAUAGCAGCCUUACAGCAUUCCAACAAGACGCAUUCGCAACAGGCGACAGUAAGUACUGCCUCCUCAUCAUGUACCACUUGUACAGUUUCUACUGUUUCCCCAACAAAGAACACAAUUAUUACUCCCACAGCUGAAAACAUAGAAAAUGCAGAGCCAGAUACUAAUUUGGAUAUGCAGAUAUUCCAAGAAGGAUCCGUCACGGUUGAAGCCCAGACGACUGCUUCAGGAAGCCCAGCAUUUGCCAUCAGCGGGUCUCGUCGCAGAAAGGCAACUACUCCUGGACGCAUCUGUCUGUCAGCAUCAAAGUCUACGAAUAGCUCUUCAUCACCCGAAGAGGAUGAUGUGAGUACAUGCAAGACAAAUCAAUCAAUAACCAAUUCUAUAAAAAACGAAACUGCGAAUACUAACUUUUCGCCGGGAGCAAAACGUGGCUUUUUAUCCGGUUUAGAUGAAGUUGACGGACAGAUAAAAAAUGACAGUGUUGGUUCACCAAAGUCUAAACGAAUAUGUAAAGAUGUAGACAAUACAGGAACAGAUACAAAUAUGACAAAAUGUGUCUCUUUCUCAAACAUCACACCAUUUUGCUUACCUAUUGGAAAUUCGCUAGCCGACAACAAGCAGGUGCCUCUAGUGACAUUUAGUUCCCCUAGUGUGAAUGGUCUAAAUUCACUAUCAAUUCCGAGUCCUUUCUUUGGACAACUGAUCCCACUGUCUAGUCUACCUGAAAACGUUAUUUGUGGUCUGUCCACAACAAUCAUGAAUAAUCCGCAAACAUCAACAUUAGGUAAUUCUGGAGAUAAUUCAAUGACAACAAGCACAGGACAUCAUACUGAAUUACAGACAACACAAAAUCAUCCAUCUGCAUGGGUUCUAGCCAACCCAUCUGGUAAUUUAUCAUGUAAUUUGACCCAGCAAGCAGAAUUAACCGCACUACAACCUACUUUAUUUGUGCCUGUACCAACCCUUGGUGAUUCAUCUGUGACUCCAGCUCUAAAAGCCCCGCAGUCAUUGGAUACGUCGAUAACUAAUCCUUUGGCAAACUGUACUGGAAUUUUACGUUAUCCUGAUAUAAUUGAGGCUUUAAAAUCUAUGGGUGCCAAUGGAAAUCUAAUAUCGGCCAUUAACGUACCAUCUUCAUCAUAUUCGACAAAUAUCCAAACACAAACAAACAAUUCAUCAAAUUGUAACGAUAACAUUGAACGCUUACAGUCGGCUUCACAGAUAAGCUCACCUAACCUAUCUAGUUCAAAUAAUCUUGCAGCCUUAGUAGCCCAUCUGACUGCAUCAAGUAAUUCAAGAACAAUUCCACAAUCAGUUACAACAAAUAUUCCAAAUACAACCUGUGGUAUUACAUCUACUGAUAAUAAUAAAACUGAUAGCUUGCCUUUUAGUACAAAAUCUACUUCUGAAAGUUCAAAUAUUUCAAAUUUUAAUACAUUAGUUUCUCCUACACCAUUAUACACCAAGGUUGAUCAAAUAGAUUCAGAUGGAACUUCACUAGUUCCUGGAUUAACAUCUGUGAAUAACAUUGGAACCAGUGAAGAAAUCAAUUUUCCUUCAAAUGAUCAAGCUCUAGAUAUGUCUGUACGAUCUAUAAGCAUACCAUCAGAACAUUCUCAAUCAUUUACACAAAUAUCAAAUAUAACAAAAUCAGAUACAAAGAAUCUUAACUUACUUACAGGAAUAAAUAUAAACGAUUCAACAUGUAAGGAAACACUUGAGCAGCCUACAUUUAAUGUCGUUAAUAAUGUUGCUGAAGUAAUAAAUGCAGCAAUUAAAGGUGGUUUAAAACAACGUUUAAUUCAAUCUAUUGAAGUCCCAGUAUCAAGUUUAUUUCCAAAUCCAGCUCAGUGUUUAACUGCUCUUGCCAAUACAAUAUCUAGCUUACCAACAAUGAAUGAGACAGUUGUUAGUUCAGAUAAUCCACCUGAUAAGCGAAAUCAAAAUAUAAAUUGUCAAAAUGAAUCUUAUAUCAAUACUAUUAACAUUAAGAAGGAAUUAAUGAAUUCUACCAUGACAAACAGUCUUCAAAAUGCUGAACCGACAACUCUGACAUCUGGUGAUAAUAAACUUAUUGAUUCUAUCAAUAAGUCUGCUCAGAACAAUAAUUCAAACAAUACACUGAUAAAUUUAUCUCCUACCUCUUCUCAUAUUGUCAGCUUAGCUCAGUUGCAAGCUAUUAUGGCUGCUCUGGCUAAUGCAUCAUCUGUCUCAAUAUCACUGCCAGUUAAUUCGACAGCAUCAACUUCUUCUUUGUCUUUAGCACCAACAUGUUCAGCUACUGUAUCAUCACUGAAUUCUUCAAACCCGUCAAUUCAACAACUAAUAAACCCUUCAACUCCCUCAAUACCAUCAUCUGGAACUAAUGUAUUAAUAAAUACUUCCGGCUCAAGCUUAAAUGUGGCUGGGUCAGUAACUACCUCCGAGGUUGGAAAUACUUCAUUAAUUCCUGGUUUAAAUAAUUUAACUAGUGUAUGCGGUUUUACUCUAACUGGACAAUCUGGUUUUGUAAACAACAACAUUACGACGUAUAAUCCAUCAAUGUCAACAAAUUUCGGAACAAUUAAUUCCAAUAUCAAAGGGAUUACUGUACCUUCGGGUGAAUGUAUUUCUUUAACAGGUAUUCUCUCUGGUAAUGUAGCCAAUUUAAAUAUUAACAAUAAUAGUAAUUCUGCACAAUUAGGUCAUACUGUUGUUGGGAAUCCAGCAUUGAUUAAUUUUAUUUCAGCAAAUAAAUCUCCUGUACAAUCAAGUGUUACAUUAAAUUCGACAAAUGCAACACGUUUAUUAACCAAUUUAGCAACAUCUACAGCUGGGACUAAUUUAUUAUCUUUGGCAAACAAUGGAACUAUCGGUAAUAACACAAAUAUAUGUGGAAGUACUGUACUAGGAGCAACUAAUAUACCUAGUGGCGCAAUUAGUCUGUUAGAUCCACAUCAGGCGUUAUUUGCUGCAGCAGCAGCGGCAGCUGCUCAAAAUAUCCAGAAACCAGGAGGUGUAAACAAUGCUAUAAAUCAAAUAGCUUUGGCUAAUCUAAAAUUAUCUAAUACUAAUGGAAGACAUAUAGGAGCAACUGCUCCAGUAAUCGGUCUUUUAGAUCCAAGAACUGGUCUUCAAUUACGUGUCGCAGACACGUCAACAACUUCUGCUAUUCUUACAUCUUCUAAUCUGACUGAUUGUCUUAACAAUAAUUAUUCACAUUCAUCAGAUAAUGAACAAACUGAAAAACAAAUUAACGAAUCAAGUCGAAUGACAACUAAUGAAACAGAUUUAAACCAAACGAAUGAACUUGAAACAGGUUCAAAUUAUGAAGAUCAAAUAGACGAAGAAUGGGAACCUGAACAAGAUGAAACAUGCUCAAUCCAAAGUAAUGCACAGCAAUUAUGUUUAAAGAGAAAUAAAAUUUGUGAUAAAACAAGUGGAGAUUCAGAAUCACCGUGUAAAAAUGAUCAAUCAAAUGAUGUCAUCCUUACAAAUGAUAUUCAAUCUAAUUUGCUACUCGGGUCGAGUAAUAAACGCUCUUCAGGUUCAGCUAGAAUAAGUGGUGGAAGUUCAUCUAAUAAUCGACGCAGUCUAUCAUCAUCAUUUAAUGAUUCAAGCAAUCAGCAACAACUUCGUCCACAUCGUCAGAAUUUUACCCCUACUCAAAAUCGUAUAUUAACUGAAUGGUAUCAGUUGCAUCAAGCGAAACCAUAUCCAUCCACUGAUGAUACCAAAGAAUUGGCAAAUAUAUCUGGUUUAAGUUAUUCUCAGGUGAAAAAAUGGUUUGCCAAUAAACGUGCACGUUCUACAUCUAGUGGUUUACCAAAACCUACACCACCACUUGCACCGGAUUCUUCAACAGAUCCUUCAGCUACAGCUGCUCUUGUUGCCGCUGCUGUAGCUGCCGCAACGUCAGCUGUUGCAGAUGUUAAUAAUAUGAUGACAUCGACUUCUACAAGUCCAUUGAAUGUUUCCUCCUCGUCAUCGUCAUCUAACUGUUCUACUAUUAUAUCUCAUAUUAAUAGUAAUGAUACGUCACUGUCUAUUCAACCAUUUUUAUUAAAAUCAAAAUCUGUAUCAUUUUCAACACAGUCAUAUACUGAUUUAAAUUUUCUUAAAACUGAAAAUGAUAAACAAACAGAAUUUGUAUCUAAUCUCAUUUCGUCUCAUUUACAAAUGAAUGAAGAAAAUAUUCAAUCAGGAUUGUCAUUACAACCGACUAAUAAUAAUAUGACUGACAAUAAUGAUAAUUCAGUACAAAUAACAAAAAAGGACAAUCAAGAUUUAAUACAAAUCACAGUUGAUAAUCCAUCAACUAGUGAUGAUAUGCGUGUAAAUGAUAAUGAUUCCAUGAUUGAUAUGACAACUACUUCAUGUGAUCCCAUUUAUUAUUCUGUUUCAUCACCACCUACCUUACAUGUUCACAUUAAUAAUCGAUUAAGUUCUCCAACUAAUCAUUUAAAUACACUAUCAUCAGUCUCCUCUUCAUCAUUGUCAUCAUCAUCAUCGUCUUCAUCGGAUGAAGAAUAUCACGAACAUGACAAAAUGGACAAUAAUAAAACAACAUUGAAAGAGAAAAAAUUUAAAGUUAAAACGAAAUUGCCUACAUAUGAUAAUGAUUCCAUAUUAAUAAUUUCUGAAGAAACUGAAAAUAAUAAUGAUAAUAAUAAUACUUCUCUAAACUGUUCUCCACUAGAAACAAUAAAAAAUAUAAAUAUGAAUUGUACUAAUGUGUCUACUACUGAUGUAAGUACCUCUAAUAGCAGUGUAUACAGUAGUAAUAAUGUAAAAAGUGAAUCACUCACAUUGGAGAUCAGUUAAAAUAUAACCUCAAUGAAUUACAAACAUUCACAUGAAUCGAUUAGAUAGUUGAUAAGAACUAAUUUAAUGUUAAUGAAAAUCAGUGCAUAUAUUGUGCUUUGUUUGCAUACAGCUUAAUUCUUUUUUUGAAAAUUUUAUUUAUUUUUACAUUUCACCAAUACUCCCUAUUCAUCUUCUUUUUACAAUAUUACAAUUCAUUAUACAAAUAAGUCUAUUUAUUAAAAAAAAAUAAUAAUAAUAAUCACUUUGCCUUAUACAUUAGCAUUACUACUGUUUUUACUUAUACUCAAUAUUGGUAAUUCUAUACCCUUUUUUAUUUCGAGAAAAAUAUCUAUUAUUUUUCCAUUAUCAUAAAAUUGUCUUUUUCUUUAGGGAAAAUUGUGAAUACACAAAUUUCUCUUAUGGAAAAUUAAAGAGCUCAGGCUUUUGCUUUUUGUUUGAGUUAUUUAACAAUUUACUCCUUGCAACAAUAUUCAAGUACUCAUAGAAGAUAAAAUGUAUUAUAUUUUCAAAGUUAAAAAAGAAAAGAAAAUAGUUCAUUCUAUUCGCUUACCUAUCUAUCUACCUAUUGACACUUAUCUAUUUAUCAAUCUAUCUAUCUAUUUAUAUUUAUGCAUAUUUACCAGUCUUUUCUAACAACCAACUUUUCCAUUUGAAGUUGCAUGAAUUAAUUUAUGUAUUUAUUUUUCAAACAAACAAACACAACAAACUGUAUUCUAUCUUUUAUCCAUGUCCAUGAAAUAUUCAUACAAUAUUUCAAUAAUCUUAUUAAAUCUAUUAUUGUUUAUGAUUUCAUUCUAAUUGAAAUCAUUAUUUUAUAUUUUACUUAUUACAUUUUACUCUAUUCAAAUGGUUAUUAUGAAUGAAUACUAGAAAGUGACUUUCAUCAUUUGCUUAAUCAACCUUAAUUAUGAAACAUAAAUGGCAUUUUUUGUUCUUGUUGUCGUUGUUUUAUAAUAAUGAAGUUUAUUAAUUUUCUUUGUUAAUUCUCUUUUAUUGUAUAUAAAUUCUCAAAAUUAUAACGAAUGAGUUAUUUCUUCACAAAAAACAAACAAUAAUAAUAUUAAUGGCAAAUUACACCUACAUAUUAUUUCUUUUUUGUAAUGACGAAAAAAAGAAAAAUUUUUUUCUUCAGUUUAUUUAUCUUCAAUUUUAGAUUAAUGUUGGCUUUUCAAUUUACAUCAUCAUCAUCAUCGUCAUGAUAACACCAAAAUGCAAAAUGAUAUGAUAUAUGUCAGUAAUAGAAAUGUUGAUAACAGUUUGUCUUUUUUAUAUUACAAAAUAUGCUCAUCUACAAAGUCUUUUGUUAAGAUAAUGAUAGUAAUCGUUGUAUCAUUCGCCCUUCUAAUCUUAUUGUCCCUUUAUUUGUAUUAUGAAUACAAUUUCUUCUAUUGAUUUGUUUUAAAUUCAUUAGAGCUGAUUCAAUAAUUGAAGAAUUCAAUUUUUCACUAAUGAAGCAUAGUUUCGGAAUCUACUGUGUUUAUUUCUAUUCGAUAAACUGAAUGAUAUCGUUAGUUUGGGUAAAAUAGAUCUGUCUAAAAGCCCAAUACGAAUAUAUCAUUAUUCUACAUAAAAACAACAUAUUGAUUUAUAAAAU